GCGGGGGGGGGGCGGGGAAGAUGUCUGAGCGGGGAGAAGCCCCGGCGGCGGCGGCGGCGGGAGCGGGGGGUGAGAUGCCGGCGAAGAAGCAGAAGCUGAGCAGCGACGAGAACAGCAACCCCGGGGACCUGUCGGGCGAUGAGAACGAUGAUGCUGUUAGUAUUGAAAGCGGUACUAACACUGAACGCCCUGAUACACCAACAAACACUCCUAAUGCACCAGGAAGAAAAAGCUGGGGGAAAGGAAAAUGGAAGUCAAAGAAGUGCAAAUAUUCCUUCAAAUGUGUAAAUAGCCUAAAGGAGGACCAUGGUCAGCCUUUGUUUGGAGUCCAGUUUAACUGGCACAGUAAAGAAGGUGAUCCUCUCGUUUUUGCCACUGUAGGCAGCAACAGAGUUACUUUAUAUGAGUGUCAUUCCCAAGGCGAAAUCCGUCUGUUGCAGUCCUACGUGGAUGCUGAUGCAGAUGAAAAUUUCUAUACCUGUGCAUGGACAUAUGAUAGCAAUACAAGCCAUCCUCUUCUGGCUGUGGCAGGGUCCAGGGGUAUUAUUAGGAUAAUUAACCCUAUUACAAUGCAGUGCAUAAAGCACUACGUGGGCCAUGGAAAUGCAAUCAAUGAACUGAAAUUCCAUCCAAGAGAUCCAAAUCUCCUUUUAUCUGUAAGCAAAGAUCAUGCAUUGAGACUGUGGAACAUCCAGACAGACACGCUGGUUGCAAUAUUUGGAGGAGUAGAAGGGCACAGGGAUGAGGUGUUAAGUGCAUUCUUGAGGUCUUACCAAGCCAAAGCAGCAAGAAUAAGCCUUGAGAGACAUGGUAGUGAAGGAAAGAAGUUAUUUCAGGAUUAUGAUCUUCUUGGUGAAAAAAUCAUGUCCUGUGGGAUGGAUCACUCUUUAAAACUCUGGAGAAUUAAUUCCAAGAGAAUGAUAAAUGCUAUCAAAGAGUCUUAUGAGUACAACCCAAAUAAAACCAACAGGCCUUUUAUUUCCCAGAAAAUUCACUUUCCUGACUUUUCUACAAGAGACAUACAUAGAAACUAUGUUGACUGUGUACGAUGGUUGGGCGAUCUAAUCCUUUCCAAGUCUUGUGAAAAUGCCAUUGUGUGCUGGAAACCUGGCAAAAUGGAAGAUGAUAUAGAUAAAAUCAAGCCCAGUGAGUCAAACGUGACCAUACUGGGGAGAUUUGAUUACAGCCAGUGUGAUAUAUGGUACAUGAGGUUUUCAAUGGAUUUCUGGCAAAAGAUGCUUGCUCUGGGCAAUCAGGUUGGCAAACUUUACGUCUGGGAUUUAGAAAUAGAGGAUCCUCAUAAAGCUAAGUGUACGACUCUUACCCACCCUAAAUGUGUUGCUGCCAUUCGACAAACCAGUUUUAGCAGGGAUAGUAGUAUCCUUAUAGCUGUGUGUGAUGAUGCCAGUAUCUGGCGCUGGGACAGACUACGAUAAAUUACUUUUUCUUAAUUCAAAGUAGAAAAUAUAUUUUCAAAUUAUAAUAUAGUCUGUUAACUCGCUAGUACAGUAGAUGCAUUUAGUGUAGACUUUCUCGAAGGUUCGGCAGGCUGGAGCUGAACUUAGUGAUGUUUACAUUCUGUGUAUUGUUUUGCUUGAAAUUGCUGCUUUUAAUAAAAAGAAGUAUUUUUGUAAAGUU